CACACCACGAGAACGUAAGCCCCGUUUGGUUAAUCCUAUGAAAGGACCAAGUGAAUUACUGUCACAAAUCAGCCAAUAAACUUCGGCCCGGAGACCAAAGGCUCCACGCAUGUCUCAGCCCGUCGGGCCUCCAUGGCUCGAAGGUAACCCGUUUCCGGGUCCGUAUCUCUACGGACAGUGGCUCGGGGACUUUCCUGGGUUUGAUGACAUAAUCACAACCCACUCACUUCGUUUUGUGGUUAAAAACUUACUAGGAAAUGUAGAAAGGAAUACAGCCCCAGAUGCAGUGGGUAUCUUAAGUGACCCAGAGUGGCCGCUUGAUGCAUUGGGAAAAGUUUAUUACUUUAGAGCGAAGCGCCAGAUGGCUCAAAGUAUUGGACAGAUUGACAAGUUCAAGCGUCGGUAUGAGCAGCACAAGGACGAGGAGAAUAAUGAAGAAACGUGA